UCACCGCUCAGCUUUCUCUGCUCUGCAAACUUCUCCAAUGGCAGCGUCCCUUCUCUCUCUCUCUCCAGCUCUGAACAACUACGGGAUGAGCCAAGUUUGUCUACACAUGCACUCGGGCAACUUACGGAAAGCUACAACAUGCUUCUCAGUUUGUCUCCAAAAUCGGAAAUGCAACAUCAAGCUUUACAUGAUACCCAUGACAGCUGUUACCCGUCACACUGUGUUGAGACCUUUUGCAUUAGUUGGCUCAUUAGAAGCAGAUGUAGCAGGCCAAGAAAAUCAUGCUAUAUCCGAUGUUUCAGCUCCAAACAACUUUCAGAGGUCUAAAAUGUCUUUUGAGAAAGAGUUGCAAGAGUUAUUUGAUGAAGUCAAAAGACUGAUUAUGAUGGGAAACAAAAGUGAUGCUAUAGACCUACUUAAAGCAAACUAUGAAGCUGUUAAAGAACAGAUGAAUGCAGGUAGUCAAGGCAUAGAAGAAGCUGCUCUUCUUGACAUCAUUGCCCUUGGUUAUAUGGCUGUUGGAGAUUUAAAGUUUGUUGGUUCCCUACUGGCUAUGUUGACUGAGGUCGUUGACAGUCUAAAGGACAAUGAACCACUUGUGGAUGUUGUGCUUGUGCAUAUGGGAAGUCUGUAUUCGGCUUUGGGGAAGUUUGAAAAAUCAUUGCUUGCAUACCGGAGGUCUAUUGAUAUUCUAGAGAACAGACAUGGGAAAAAUAGUAUUUUUCUUAUCACCCCAUUGUUGGGGAUGGCAAAAGUGCUUGGAAACAUUGGCAGAUCCACAAAAGCAGUAGAAACCUACAACCACACAAUUUCUAUUUUGGAAUUGAGCAGAGGUGCUGAAAGUGAGGAUUUGGUUGUAGUUCUAUUUGCUCUUGGCAAUCUUUUACUCAAAGAAGGAAGAGCAGCGGAUGCAGAAACUCAUUUUGUUAGAAUUUUAACCUUAUAUAAGAAGUUAUAUGGAGAAAAUGAUGGAAGAGUUGGAAUGGCUAUGUGUUCCCUUGCCCAUGUUAAGUGUGCAAAAGGAAACCCUGAUGAAGCCAUUCAAUUAUAUAAAAAUGCACUUCAAGUCAUCAAGGAUUCAAAUUACAUGGCUUUAGAUGACGGCAUAAUGGAGAAGAUGAGGAUAGAUUUGGCAGAGUUACUUCACGUUGUAGGAAGGGGAAAAGAAGGUCGAGAAAUGUUGGAGGAAUGCUUGUUGAUUGCUGAGAAGCAUAAAGGAAAAGAGCAUCCCAGCUCAGUGACACACCUUCUGAAUCUUGCAGCCUCCUAUUCACGCUCAAAGAAUUUUGUGGAGGCUGAACGCUUGCUGAGGACUAGUUUGGAAAUCAUGAGGAAGACAGUUGGGCCUGACGAUCAAUCCAUCAGCUUCCCAAUGUUGCAUCUUGCCGUCACUCUCUACCAUCUAAAACAGAAUGAAGAAGCUGAGCAGCUUGCCCUGGAGGUUUUGCGCAUCCGUGAAAAGGCAUUUGGAAAAGAUUCUCUUCCUGUUGGGGAGGCUCUGGACUGUUUGGUGUCCAUUCAGAGUGGAUUGGGGAAGGAUGAUGGCGAGUUGUUGGAGGUGCUCAAGAGAAUUCGGAGUAUCCAAGAGAAAGAGUUUGGCCACGAGAGUGAAGAGGUCAUUGAAACCCUGAAAAAAAUUGUGUACUACUUAGACAAACUGGGUAGGAAGAAUGAGAAGUUGCCGCUGCAGAAAAAAUUGUCCGUACUUAGAAUGAAAUAUAAACAAAGGAUUCAAUAUUAGUGGCAUUUCAUCGUAGUGUAUGUUUAACUCUUAACUCUCUCACUCCGUAGAUAGCAAAAAGUAUUUAUAUCCAUA